AUGUAUUCUAUCCAAGCGACAGAAAUGGCAACAAACCCAUCCAACUGCACGACUGUCAUGCUUCGGAAUCAUUAUAUUGUGACUGUGAAUGUAGAGAAAUUAACACAGAGAGCGAUAGGAACAUAUUAUGCUCUUUUGAUUAUAAUCGAAGCGACCUUGUUCGCCACUUUACUGGCUGUUCACUUCAAGAUCCGAAAAGCUAACCACCCUUUCUUCGGACUUCUCUUUGGGCUCGUUUUAUUAUGCUACAUAUUCUGCGGUUACGCUGAAGCCGUAUGUCAGUUCCUGUUUCUUUUCGGCGGUUCUGCAGAAACUCUGAAUCUCAUUUAUUUUGCAUAUGAUCUGACGUAUUCGGCGAUUACAGCCCUUUGUUUUUGCUGUUUGAUAGAACUCCCGGAAAUAUGUCGAAAAUUGCAACGAAAGAAAGUUCAACAGUCUCGUGACAGUAUGAUCAUGAACGUUUUUGAAAGAACAAUCGCCACUAUCUGGGCUGUCUCAUAUGAAACUAAUCGCACUUGGUCUCUCUACCUAGUUCUAGUAGUCUUAUCUGUUACGGGAUACGUAUAUUUUGCAUCCUUCGAAUGCAGAGGGUGUGUUGUUUCAGCAGUCGUUACUGUUAUCAUUAUUUUGGGAUGCAUUGGUUUAUACUUCCUCAAUCGAACACUCACACUCCGUUAUCAAAAAGAUUUGUGUUUUAUGGGAAAAGUUUCGCUGUCUAUGAGAUAUCAGAUUAUUGAGAAUAUGAUAGUAGUCAGAAAAGCGCUACUUCCUGUUAUCAUCCUAGAUAGCAUGGUAACUCUUGUGGAUUCAUUUAACAGCGAGUUAACUACCCGGCUAGAAGAAAUUGAUGAUCAUAAAUGUCAUUCCAUGAUGACAUACGUUCCGUAUAUUCUAUUGAACCACGUGGCAAUGAUUCUGGAGUACAGUAUCCCGUUAUACAUGAUGUUUCGGAGAUCUUAUAGGAGACAACUCCCGGAAAUAUGUCGAAAAUUGCAACGAAAGAAAGUUCAACAGUCUCGUGACAGUAUGAUCAUGAACGUUUUUGGUCAGGAUUUGAACGUGGUGCCUACCCAAAAUGAGUAUUUUGCAAAACUGCAAAACGAGUGGAAAUAG